AACAAAAAAAUCAAAUCCUAUUUUUAGUAGAAAAAAUGAGUUCCAAAGCGCAUCUUCUUCUCGGCCUUUUCAUGGCUGUUGCUCUUCUGAUUUCUUCAGAAGUUGCUUCAGCUAGAGACCUUGCUUCCGUUGAUCCAUCCAAGGAAACCGAUGGGCGCGGCGGAUACAAUGGUGGUGGCGGCGGAUAUGGCGGCGGAGCUAAUGGUGGCUACGGAGGCGGCCACGGAGGCAAUGGUGGUGGCCAUGGAGGCUAUGGAGGCGGCAAUGGUGGUGGCCAUGGAGGCGGUGGAGGAGGCCACGGAGGCUACGGAGGGGGCAAUGGAGGCGGCCGUGGAGGCAAUGGCGGCUACGGAGGGGGCAAUGGAGGCGGUCGUGGAGGCAAUGGUGGCUACGGAGGAGGCAAGGGAGGCAAGGGAGGCGGUCAUGGAGGCUACGGUGGUGGCAAGGGAGGUGGCGGAGGAGGGCACGGAGGCAACCGUGGUGGGCGCGGAGGCCACGGAGGGGACGAAGGUGGCAACUAAUAUCCCAAGGAAGGGUUUAUGAAGCCAUUGGUAGUGUGUAUCUAAAAUGCCAUGAAUAAAAUGCAAUGGCUCUAUUUUAUCUCGUCUUGUACCUAUUAACAAAAUCUAUCCUAAUUAGUAUAUCAACCGUUAUUGGUGAUAAAA